AUGCCUGAAUCACUGCAAUCAAAGCCCCUCCACGGGCAUGACUCGACUACUCUAGUUCAGUUACCUGAUCUAUUCAUAUUGUUUCUCUCUGAAGCUCCUGCAGUAAACCCUCACUAUGCUAACGUCAAGGGCGAGUCAGAGAAGUGGAUUGCGGAAACAUGCUGUAUGAACGACCGCUCCAGGAAAAUACUGACGAAGACCAACUUUGCCUUGUUCUUGUCUAUUGCCGCCCCCGAGGCCAGAGUCGAGGAGCUUCGCACCCUUUUCGACUGGGGAAACUGGGUGUUUCCAUUUGAUGACAUGUUUGACAAUGGUCACCUGAAAGAUGACGUCCAGAAUGGCCAAAUUAUGAUUGAUGCUCUGAUGCAUAGGAUGAGAGACGAUAAGGCAGAACUACCUGCUCCUCUCCAGAGCCCAUUAAUUGACGUUCAUAAUUCUGUUUGGGAGCGUGUUGUAGAGGGCGCCCCAAGGGGUGUUCAAAAGCGGUUUGCUAGAGCCAUGGCCGACUAUAGCCAUGGCGUUAUCAGCCAGGUAGAAGUUUGCUCAUCCGGAGAAAAUGUGUCGCUUGAGGAAGUACUUGCACUUCGCAGGCACUCAGCCGGUGUAUCUCCGUUGUUCCCUCUCAUUGAAUAUGCCCAUAGACUCCGUAUACCGGACCAAGUUUUUGAAUGUCCAAGUAUCAAAGAGAUUGAACGGGUUGGUAUUGACUUUGUCGUGCUGCAAAACGACAUUCUGUCUUACUGGAAGGAGGAGAAGGAAGGCGUGAUACAUAACCUUGUGGCAGUCUGCCGUAAUGCUGGGAUGUCGGCUCAAGCUGCAUUCGACCACUUGGGGUACAUGCUGCAGACUCGUUACCGGGAUUGGUACCUUGCCUUAGCGAGCCUGCCUAGCUGGGGAAACGAAAUUGACGCCGAGGUCCAAAACUACAUUCGAGGCGUUCAAAACGUGGUAAAGGCGAAUCUUCACUGGAGCUUCAGCUCAGGUCGUUACUUUGGGGACGCUGUUCAUGAAGUCCGCAAAACCAAGAAGAUCCGGGUUCAGAAGAGAGAGACAGAUUUUAUUCCACGAGGUGGCCCUAUCGACCGAGUGGGUACAUAUGAGCCUGUUCUCCUCUCACGGGUCUAA